UUUGUCAAGUGCGGAUAUGCAGGCUCGAACUUCCCAGCUCACAUCUUUCCUUCGAUGGUGGGAAGACCUAUUAUUAGAUCGACGGCGAAAGUUGGAGAUAUUGAAGUGAAGGUUUGUGCUGUGUCUUGCAUACUACAGUCUCUCUUUUAACAGCCUGAAGCCCUGCUGUAACACUAUAUCUUCAAAAAUUAUGUCAACCAGUUGUUUCGUUCUGCAGGAUUUGAUGGUCGGCGAUGAAGCAAGCAAACUUCGGCACAUGUUGGAAGUGAAUUAUCCCAUGGAUAAUGGAAUUGUUCGAAAUUGGGACGACAUGAAACAUGUAUGGGACUACACGUUUGGAGAGACAAAGCUUAACGUAGAUACAAGGAAUUGUAAAGUGAGUCAAAUUUACUGUCAUUCCGGAAAUGCCUUAUAACUCUUCAUCUUAACUACUUAACGACCUUUCCAGAACAUCUGAAAACCUUCAUGUUUCUCACGUUGAACUGUCCUUUGUAAAAUCUAGGUUUUGCUCACUGAGCCACCGAUGAAUCCCUUGAAGAACAGAGAGAAAAUGAUUGAGGUACAAGAGUGA